AUUUUAUUAAAGAACAAUGAACUAUUGUAAUAUCCUCUUGGCUUUAUAAAGGAAUUCAAUUAAAGCAUUUUAUAACAUUUUUAAAAAAUGAAACAUGUCUUGGGACAAAGAGCUGUUUUUAUCAUAAUAUUAAUGUGCACAGUUGCUAUAGUAACAAAUGUGAACGCUACACAGAAUGAACGAGUUACUUAUGAGGAUGAUAUGAAAGUGGUCGAGUCUUGCAAAACUGCUGAAUCGACAACAUCAAUGAUAAGUCAGUUACUAAGGCAAUUUGGGGAAGUUGAGAAAUGUUCAAUUGACGGAGAGAAUCUUAACCAGACACGGUUAAAUACGAUUCGCGAUAUGAUAAGAACACUUUUUCCAAACCAAAUGAGCCAUGGGGACCAAAAGGAUAGUCAUGCAAAGAAGAAUACGAACGGUGAGUGACGAUAACCCAUAAUUUAUCUUAGAAAUAAAGGCACUUUCCAGUUAUCUCUGAGGCUGUUAACCUUUAAUUUAAAGACCAUGAAAUCUAACCAAAAUGAUAACUCCGUGUGAAAAUGAUACCAAAAAGCCCAUUAGCUGACUUCAGCAGCAAAUUGAUAUCGAAUAAAUAUUUUGAUGGACUGACC